UGAAAGGGGAAGAGAAGAAGACACACAAGAGCCAAGAGAGCAGCACAUACUUAGCUCGCGGCUAGCCUAGCCUUCUAGCAAAGUGCCAAAUUUACGGAGUGACGACUAGUUGCCGCAUCCGUUUAUGAUACACUUUUGUUGUUGUUGUUGUGUUGCCGCCAAAAGUAGUUAAUUGUAUCACAAUAACAACAUCCAGGUCGGCAAAGGUUUUGGUGGCAGCUAGCUAGCUAACGUUAGCGCCCAGUUAGCUGUCAGCGACUGCUCGCUCGGUCAAGCCAGCCGGCAAGAAGACAAAUUGUGUGACACAAACGAAAACUCUUUGAAGAAUGGCCUCCAGGAAGAAAGUUCUCUUAAAAGUCAUCAUCCUGGGAGAUUCUGGUGUUGGAAAGACCUCCCUCAUGAACCAGUAUGUGAACAAGAAGUUCAGUAACCAGUACAAAGCUACAAUAGGCGCAGACUUUCUGACCAAGGAGGUGAUGGUAGAUGACCGGCUUGUUACCAUGCAGAUCUGGGAUACAGCAGGCCAGGAGAGGUUCCAGUCGUUGGGUGUGGCAUUCUACCGCGGAGCAGACUGCUGCGUGUUGGUGUUUGACGUGACCUCACCCAAUACCUUCAAGACCCUGGACAGCUGGAGGGAUGAGUUUCUGAUUCAGGCCAGCCCUCGAGACCCCGAGAACUUCCCCUUUGUGGUGCUCGGCAACAAGAUCGACUUGGAGAACAGACAGGUAACCACCAAAAGGGCUCAGGCUUGGUGCCAGAGUAAGAACAACAUUCCCUACUUUGAGACCAGCGCCAAAGAAGCCAUCAACGUAGAGCAGGCAUUCCAAACUAUCGCACGCAACGCCCUCAAGCAGGAGACAGAGGUGGAGCCGUACAAUGACUUCCCGGAGCCCAUAAAACUGGAUCGGAAUGACAGAGCGAAGCCUUCAGCAGAAAGCUGCAGUUGCUGAGGGGCAACCGGGAGCAUCUCUUCUCUUGGCUUUCAGCGGAUCGGUCACCCGCACCUUGCUCCCAGGGAACAGCCUUCCCUGCAAGUCUUCCUCCUCCAUUUCAUCCCUCACGCAAUAAGAAGCCACUCACGAUCCACGGAUGUACCGCUACCCUCUCUCACUUCAAUUAAACUAUUAUGACAAACUUGGUGUCCGAAGAUCACACGAGGCGAACAGCGCCUCUUCUGGCACUCCACAGUGAGCCUUUCAACUUGUUGGACCGGAUGACAGUGCCAUGUUUCAAACAAUCGGGAAAAUAACUGGACUGGUUAUGCUCAGUAAUGUGUGAUGUUGGCUAAGCUCAGCAUCCUAAGAAGCGUAAUAGCUCUUUCUGUUCUCUUGCUAUAGCCUGUCAAAAGUCAUCGUCUUGAACUAUAUGGUUAUAUAUACACACACAAAUAAAUUACAUAUAUUUGAAUUGGCAGAUGCUACAUCUCAAGCCAAUCUGAAACAUGUUUUGUUUUGCACUUUCUUGCCUUCAUAUGUUCUAAAUGUAGAGGGAUGGCUGAUUUUGGGCAACAUCUGCCACUAAAUACAUGCCUUUUCUGUGAGGGUAAUAUAUAUAUUUCUUGUCACUUUUCAUUGUUAAAUUCCUCCUGUUGAACGUUGAUUGUACGGCCUCCUCCUGCAUAGACUUUUAACUGCCUUUCACUUCUGCUAAUAAUAAUCAUUUGACCGCUCCUUUCACUGUUAUUUGUCUUUCAAUGCUACCAAAUGGAUAAAUAUGCGUCACCCACACAUUGCGCUACUCACUUAUCUGCUUGUAGCUCAGGUUGGCCAAUUACUUAAUAUUUUUAAUAGAUUGUCUGUUAUGGUGUAUAGACAAGUCAAAGGCUGACGGAUGGAAUGGAAAUGUCCAUGUCAAAAAACUAUCCAUCUUUCUGCUGUGGUAUUAUUCCUUCUUGUAGAAAAAACUCACUGCAAUGCCAAUAAUGUUGUCAAUUGGUAAUUUGAACGUCAAAUAAAACUCUUGAAUAUA